GUUCUCUUUUCUUUACUCGGUUCUUCUUUCUUGUGCUUCACCUAAAUUUCCGUGGAAAGAUUGUUUCUUGAUCAGUUUCUUGAUGGCUGCGAAAGAUUGCAACGCAUUUGGGGUGUUCUGCCUUUUAUCUCUCUGUUGGGAAUGCGGAUUGUGCUUGCUCUUCUGCGAGAUUUGAGACGGUUUGUCUGACGGAAAUGGUAGAGAGUAUAGAUUUAGAUUUUUGUCGAGGAAAAUGGCAGAAAGGUCAGAUUGCUAAUGAUUUACGGAAGAGAGGGGAAAGGAACUCGAACGUUUUAGGGAAAGGAGGACAGAGACAAGGGAACUUUAGGGUUCUACUCGAGUUUUAACAGUUGAAGGUGUCGGUAGCUUGUGAUUCUUCUAGUUUUUUGGUUUCUCCUUUAUCUUUCUAUUGUAUAUUGGCAGAAAAGUUCAGUGAUGUGUUAUGAAGUAACUGAAUUGACCGUUUUUCCGUAAGAUUGGCAGUGUAUGAGUGAAAGGUGCCGUGAAAAUAUUUUGAGUUGGGAGAAAAUGUUGCUCAUGUCUGUAGUAUAGUACGCUACAACCUGAUCUGGUUAAUCCAGGAUCAAGCUGACCCCAAAUGGACCUUGUGCGGGGUCUGUACAGGAAUACCGUCGACAGGCUUGGGUCAAGAAAAUGUCAAUCCGAGGAAAUCCAGGUUGCAAUCAGGUUAAGGGAUCUGGUAGCAAAGUAACUGACCUAACUUACCUUUUCAUCCACCAGAUAUAUUGCUUUAUAUGACAUAUAUUGCUACUUUUUAAUCCAGUACUGCAUUAUUAUAUGUUUCUUGGAGUUAUUAGUAUUUGACAUGUUGCAACAUCACCUAAACUUGUGUGGAGUGUAUUCUAUAUCUUGUUAUUGUCUUGGUCCAAACCCAAAACAAACAUAAGCCUGGCCCGGUCAACCCAAUUUCCAAUAUGAGUUCAGAAAUUUGAUGUUGGGUUGGGCUUGGGCAAAAGGGGUAGGAGUUGCAGGCUGUUUUGGUUCAAAGGGCUGGAUUGGAUUUUGGACAAAGGGCUGGGUUUGAUGUAUUGGACGUGGAGAAAUACCCAGCCAGAACUAACCUGUCUUAGUUGCAGCCCUUGUCUCCAAUAGCAAUCAAUCUGACUCUUGGUGGUUUUUGUUUGCUUAUGAGAUAAUAUGAGCCACAAUAGAUCUCCCACACAAUAGCCUUCUGCACAACCUAUAUACACAUUGGCAAGAAUAGGAUAUAGGGGAGUUGCACUGAGUCAAAGAGAAGAAAAUAAAUAAAUGAUCUUUUUGCUAUUGGUUGGUGUUGGUGUAGAUCGAAUGCCCUUGGUCCCAUUAUAUACUGAGAUGUAGAUAUAUGCUUUUUGCCAGAGUACUUUUUCUUUUCUUUCUUAAGAGUGGCUUGGUACCAAAUAAGAAUCGUUUAAUUAAGAUCAAAGAGUUGCGGUUAAGAAAAGAAACUAAAGAUGACUGGUAACUAGGCCUUAAAAUGCCAGAAUUAUCAUCGAAUUACACCCACCUCUCUCCCCAGUCCCCACCCUCUCAACCUUCCUCUUGCUCCUAUACCCCUAUGGUAGCUUAAUAUCCAAACUUUAUGCCCAGCCACUUCCAUCUAGUGAAUCCUUUCCCUUAGCUGUGCACUUCCCCCUCCUCUGUAUAUGUUAAUUUUAACCAUCCAAUUUUCAGGAACUCUCUGAUUGUUGAUUAUCCUUUUUGCAGGCCCUUUGUUUAUAUAUGCUAAAUAUUUGUUGUACAAAUGAGUUGGCAUCAUUAGAGACUGUUGUUUAUCUUGUCCUAUAUGUUCGUGGUAUAUAUGAGAAGGUCAGGUACUAUCCUAAUCUGGAAUCUUUAUGGAUAAUGCUAUGAUGAAAAAGGAGUUCAAAAUUCAAUAAUUUUAGAAGUUAAGCACGAUAUGUGAUCACAUUUGAAGUGUAGAAACCAAAGCCAUCUUUUGUUGAGGCAAAUGGAGGCCAAGCCUAUAAGCUCAUUUUAUUCAGGCUAUAAUACCAGUGCACCUAUCAAGUCUACCCAGGAGUUGAAAGAUGAAAGUCCUGCUCAAGUCUUUAUGGAUUGAUCAUAAACUUAGCUUGUCAGAGAAGUAAAAGAUUCACCUGAUUGGUUGCCUUCUGGUUGGGUUUUGGAGACUAGAACUCAAAAGAAUGGGGCAUAUGCAGGACGAGAGAUAAAGUGCUAUUACAAUCCAUCUACUGGAUCCAGAUUCUACUCAAAGAAACAGGUAUUUCGGCAUCUUAAUGCUAGAAAGGAUUUUAGUCCUACAACCAGAGAGACAAGGAGUAUCACCUCAAGUAACAUGAAGAAACCUUGCACUUCAACCAGUCAAGAGAAGAGCAUCAAAGAGAGCUCCUCCAACAAUGUUUGCUCUUAUGCUCCAACUGGAUAUGGUUCAAACGAGUUACCUCAUGGGUGGAUUAAGGAGAUAAGGUUCAGAAAGUACAAACGAGGAAAACCUGUAAAUGAAACGUUAUACAUUGAUCCAGAUGGUGAAUAUGCAUUUCGCUCCUUAAAGGAUGCAUUUCGGUAUAUUGAAACUGGAGAUGUCAAUAAAUGUGCGAGCAAACCACAGAAAAGGAGUAUGCGUGAGUUGCAUACUGUAGAAAGGGAACUACAUCCUGCUGCUGCAGCCAAAAGAUUACACUGGCGAAGAGAUGCUGCAAGGAGAUGCCUCUUUCCAGAAAAAGGUACUGAUUCAGAUGUGAAGAUGGCAACGGAGAUCAACAAAUCACCUCAGUGGUCAAAUUUGUCUCCCUCAGGCACAAAAGUAGCUGAUUCAUCACAUGUCAGGCACUUUGAUGGAGUUGCAUUUACAGGCCAAACAUUAGAUCUGGGAAAGGAGAAACUGUCAGAACCAGCAAUAGGAAAGCCAUCAGACUCUGUUAAUGAUAUGCUGUCUGAUGCAAUGAAUGAAGCACCUAAAGCAUCACAAGAAUGUUCCCAGUUGAAGCAAAUUUUUCUUAAUGAUGAAUGCCUCUCCAACGGGUUUGAUGAGACGCAGCAAGCAAAUAUGAGACAAGUAAAGCAUGUACCGUUGGUGCCUCUCCGACAGCUGAAUGGAAAUCUACUAGCUCCAGAGACUAACUCGUUGGAUGAAACAAACUUAACGCUCGAGAAUGAGGAGCAAUCUGAACCUAAGAAGAGCAGAGGAGGACACAAGCGUGGCUUCAUGAGAGCCAAGGCCAUAAAGCCAAUGAAGAUGCCACUCCGAGCAUCUAAACGAUUGGCUGCACUUAGGGGCAACCAAAUGUCAAACUCUGGAGCCAUUCAAAGGUCUAAUGGGGACAAAUCAGCUUCAGUUUUGGCUCAGAGCACUCAAUCUGAUCUAGUUAACAAAAGAGUCCACCAGAAAAAUGAGACACCCAUAAUAGACCUUGAACAAUCGGAUGAUCUUGAGAGCCACAAGCAUGCAAGUGAAGAAUCAAAUGCCAAAACACAGGUUCAAUCGGGAAGAUCUAGCAGUGAAAAACCAUUGGCACCGUACAGAUCGCCAUUCGGUGAGUCUUGGCCAGACCCAUGCCUUGAAUUUGCUUUCAAGAUGCUUACAAGUGACAUUCCCGUUUUUGAGGAAACUGGGGACAUUCAGGAAUAUUUCCAUCAGGCACUGCUCUCGACAAAGAACUCAAUUCUUGGUGGACCAGCUUCAUUGACUACGUUCACAAGCUCAAGCCAGAGUGAGAAUAUUGUACAGAUGGAGCCAUGGGGGACACAAGUGUGCUUCAGGAGUGAUGGAAGUGCAUGUUCCUUGCAGAAAGGCCAGCAGUCCAGCAAGAAGGCAACCUAAGUGGUUUUGUUUAAACUGGUAUAUUACUGUAGCACUAAAACUCUUCCAACUUUGAUACUGCAGCCUGGUGCAUUUUGAGGCCAUGUUGUAAAACUAGCAAUUUUUUGUAUCAUUUUAGCAGACUGGUGGAAUCGACUCUUAACCUUAAGCUUGCCGUUCCGGUCUGGCUUAUGGCUUAUGACAGCAUAGCUGCUCAAGUUGUGCGUUUUAUGACCAUCUUUUUCCAUGACCUGUGAAAUCAGCUUGGUGCAA